CCGGUGUUUAUGAGUCCAAGAGUUUAAAAGCAGUCGUGUGGUUACGCUGCAUACAUAUGCCCGCCCCUAAGGAAUAUUCCUGUUGUGUCACUUAUGUGUUGAGACAUAGGUGCAAAGAACAGUGCUUAUCAUACAACUGGAAGGAAAGGCAAAGAAGAAGCUUUUAUAUUAGAUUGGGCACCUGAACAGAAACUGCAGUUUUGAUAUGAAGAUGGGAAGAGGAAGAACAAGCCGGAUCAGAAGACGGAAACUCUUCAGAAGUUCUGUAUCAAGAGGAGUGAAUGAGAGCUACAAGCCUGAAUUUAUAGAGCUUAAGAAGUGGCUGAAAGAUAGAAAGUUUGAAGAUACAAACUUAAUACCUGCUUGUUUUCCAGGUACAGGAAGAGGGCUGAUGAGCAAAACAUCCUUGCAGGAGGGACAGGUGAUUAUUUCGUUGCCUGAGAGUUGCCUGCUCACCACGGACACAGUGAUUAGAAGCUACUUAGGGGCGUACAUCGCUAAAUGGCGGCCUCCUCCAUCUCCUCUGCUGGCUCUGUGUACCUUUCUGGUUUCAGAAAAGCAUGCUGGGGACCAGUCCGUCUGGAAACCUUACCUAGAGAUUUUACCAAAGGCCUACACCUGCCCCGUUUGCUUGGAGCCAGAAGUGGUGAAUCUUUUUCCCAAACCCUUGAGAGCAAAGGCCGAAGAGCAGAGAGCCCGUGUGCGAGAGUUCUUUUCUUCCUCCAGAGGCUUUUUCUCUUCCCUGCAGCCUCUGUUUUCCGAGGCCGUCGGGAGCAUCUUUAGCUACCGUGCCCUCCUGUGGGCCUGGUGUACGGUCAACACCAGGGCCGUGUAUGUGAAGCCCAGGCGGAGGCGCUGCUUUUCCGCGGAGCCAGACACCUGUGCGCUCGCCCCGUACCUGGAUCUGCUGAACCACAGCCCCCGUGUGCAGGUAGAAGCAGCAUUUAAUGAGGAAACUCGCUGUUAUGAAAUUAGAACAGCUUCAAGCUGUAGGAAACAUGAAGAGGUGUUCAUCUGCUAUGGCCCUCAUGAUAAUCAGCGACUGCUCCUGGAGUAUGGAUUUGUUUCCAUCCAUAAUCCUCACGCUUGUGUUUAUGUCUCAGAAGAUAUACUUGUUAAAUAUCUUCCAUCAACAGAUAAACAGAUGAACAAGAAGAUUUCCAUUUUAAAGGAUCAUGACUUUAUAGAAAAUUUGACAUUUGGAUGGGAUGGACCAUCUUGGAGGUUACUCACAGCGCUUAAGUUGUUAUGUCUGGAAGCUGAAGAAUUACCGCGAGAUCGUGACCUGGCUGAAGUCAGACGCUUAACCGACUGCGCCACCCAGGCGCCCCGGGGUGGCUUAUUCUUUAUGGAACUUGCCCGCGUGGUAUUUUUCCCUGGUGACCUGCAUUGUUUAGAGGAAAUAUUUUUAAAAAAUGCAUCGUCACUGUUCAGGGGGAAGCCUCUGAGUACCGAGUUUUCCCCUGGGGACAAAUCGCUUCUUGGGGAGCUAUAUCCUCCCUGGGGGCAGAUCCAGACCCCUACUAAACGAGAGGCCUUUCCAUGGGGGAGGCGGGUAGAGGAGCCCCGGUGUAGACACACGUCCUGGUUCGGCUCCUUAACAUUACCUUCAGGCUGCCAGUCCCUCCCCCAGCAUGGAAAGGACUGUCCGCUUAUAUGGCUGCGUGUUGCCUGGUCCAGGCAGCUCCUUCAGCCUGGGUCCACUACUUGGCAAAAGCUCAGUACAUGCUGGAAAAAAAUACUUCUUGGAGAAAUCAUUUCAGAUACAAAUGAGAAGAGAAGUUUGGACAUAGCCCAGAAAAUAUGCCAUUAUUUCAUAGAGGAGACCAAUGCAGUGCUUCAAAAGGUUUCUCAUAUGAAAGAUGAAGAAGUGGCUUCGGUAAACCAACUAACUUUGGUAGAAACAUUGUGGACAGAAGAGCUAAAGAUUCUGCAGGCCUCUGCUCUGAUUCUAAACAGUUUGCAAACACCUUUUAGAUCCAGAAAGUCAUUUGUGAAUUAAAGGGAAUGGAACAUUAAGAGGGAACAAGCAGGCCUGAAGCAUUUUUCUAUAAGCCUGCCAGUGUGCCACACACAACCUCCCCGUGUGCCACGUACAACCUCCCCGUGUGCCACGUACAACCUCCCUGUGUGCCACAUUCUACAGUGCCAUGUGCUCUCUCUGGGGCUGUUCUGUUUCACCUUUCAGAGGGCAGCUCCCUAUCUUUGUUCUGUUACAACCUUUCCUUCAGGGGAUAUUUCAUUUACUUUCCUUCUAUAAACUAUUCCAUAGCUUUAACAUUAGGCUGCAAGUACAUUUGUAAAAACUCACAAAAACAUAGUAGAAUUUAAUAAAAAUGCAAGGUUACCAUUCACACCCACUGGGACACCUGUAAUAAAAAAGAUAACGUGUUGAGGAUGCGGGGAAAUCGGAACCCUGUGGCUCUGCUGAUGGAAAGUAAGACGGUGUGGCUGCUUGGAAACCCAGUCUGGCAAUUCCUAAAAGUUUUAGCACAGAGUCUUUCUGACUUAGCAACUCCCCUCUCUCCCAAGAACUAAAAACACAUGUCCACACAAAAGCGUGAACAUGAAUGUUCAUAGCACUUUGUAUAGCAGUGUUUGUCACAGCAUUAUUCAUAACAGCUCCAACCCAAAUGUUUAUCCGCAGAUGAAUGGAUAAAUAAAAUGAGAUUUUUCCAUAAAAUGAAGUAUCAUUCAGGCACAGAAGGGAACAAAGUACAUACAUGCUGCAACAUGGAUGAGACUUAAAACAUGGCAAAUGAAAGAACCCCGUCACAAAAGACCACAUAUAAUUGUAUUUGUAUGAGGGGUGCCUGGGUGGCUC